CGGUGGCUGCGCCUCGGGCUCCGGCUCCUUCUGCGCUCCCCGGCCCCCGCCAUUUCAGAGUGGGCUCGAGAGCGGCGCUAACGCAGGCGGCCGUGCGGGCCCGAGACCCAGCGUCUCUCCGGCGCGGAAGAGAGGCCUGCUGAAAAUGACUGAAUAUAAGCUUGUGGUAGUUGGAGCUGGUGGCGUAGGCAAGAGUGCCUUGACAAUACAGCUAAUUCAGAAUCACUUUGUAGAUGAGUAUGAUCCUACGAUAGAGGAUUCCUACAGGAAACAAGUAGUAAUUGAUGGAGAAACCUGUCUCUUGGAUAUUCUCGACACAGCAGGUCAAGAGGAAUACAGUGCAAUGAGGGACCAGUACAUGAGGACUGGGGAGGGAUUUCUAUGUGUAUUUGCCAUAAAUAAUACUAAAUCGUUUGAAGAUAUUCACCAUUAUAGAGAACAAAUAAAAAGAGUUAAAGAUUCUGAAGAUGUACCCAUGGUCCUUGUAGGAAAUAAGUGUGAUUUACCUUCCAGAACAGUAGAUACAAAACAAGCUCAGGACUUAGCAAGAAGUUAUGGAAUUCCUUUCAUUGAAACAUCAGCAAAAACAAGACAGAGAGUGGAGGAUGCUUUUUAUACAUUGGUGAGAGAGAUUCGGCAAUACAGAUUGAAAAAAAUCACCAAAGAAGAAAAGACUCCUGGCUGUGUGAAAAUUAAAAAAUGCAUUGUAAUGGGUGUUGAUGAUGCCUUUUAUACAUUAGUUCGUGAAAUUCGAAAACAUAAAGAAAAAAUGAGCAAAGAUGGUAAAAAGAAGAAAAAGAAGUCAAAGACAAAGUGUAUAAUUAUGUAAAUAAAAUUUGUACUUUUCUCUUAAAGCAUACUUAAGAUAA